UUGCUCUUCGACCACCUCCUCUCCGUCGUGUUCCUCCUUGAAGUUCUCAAUCAUGAUGAAGACAUUUGCACUGGCUCAUCGAUGCCCAUACGUAUACUUUUCGUCAUUGUUGUAGCACAAUCCAUCACGUCGACAUUUAGCAGCUUCCUCGUGCGCCAUAUUACUAACAAUGCGCCUCGACGGUGGAUGUGGCUCUCGUCCCAGAGUUGGCGCUGUUAGUGAUGGGGUCGUGGUCGUGUUCGCAGCAGUGGGGAAAGCUUGUGCCAUGCUUCUCGUCACCGUCUGAUCUAAGCGCAACUUUUCUUCAUGUAUCUGACAACAUUGAUUUUUUUUUCUUCUCAAACUUGCUCCUCUACUAUAUUUUAUAUCACACUUGCCCUCUUAUUAUUACCAUAAUAUCAAAUCUACCCUUCCGUUAAUAUUUCCAUCCAGAGUGCCGUUAACCCCGGUUCGACCGGUCUGAAUCCAAAACCAACGAGACGGGAAAAGUACUUGCCGCUGAGACGCAUUUGUGUCACCGUCCCAGAAAAUGAGUGCACCGAUCCUCCGCCGAAGACUGCAGCAGGUUGCGUUGUGCUUCUUCUCACCCGCUCGAGCUCGGAGAUUCCGGUCCGAUGCAGCUCUGAAGGCCGUGGCCAAGGCUAGAGAGGACGGGAUCCGCAACCUCAUCCUCUACAACUAUCCAUCCUUCUCCGGAGCUUUCUCCGCUCUCUUUGCUCACCGCUUCCACUCCCGCCUCUGCCUCCCUUUCCUCGUCUUGCCUUACUCCUCCGCCGUGCCCCUCAGGGCUGAAGAUUUGUACAUAGAAGGGCUCCAGCGAUGCUAUCUUCUCGAUUUCGCUGGCCCACGCGGAUUCGCUGCUCAAAUAUCUCGACAGUCCAUGUGCGAAGUGAUUGCUUUCGAGCACCGGAAGUCUGCGAUUUCGCGCAUUCGUUCUCCGGAUGAUGAUGGUCAACCGAGCGUUAGAAUUUGUGUUGAUCAUGAGAAGAGCAGCUCUAGAGCUGCGUACAACUAUUUUGCGGACAAGCUUGCUGAAGAAUGCAAGCUGUCAGAAGACCAUGUAGCCAAAUUAUUGAACGCAGAAGACGAAGCUCGUGUCGAGACUAUUUUGAGUUAUAUUGAAGAUAGCGACCUUCUGAGGUGGAGCUUACCAGACGUUAGAGCUUUUAACAUUGGUUUCAGUGAAUGGAGGCAGAGGAUAAAUUGCAUCACUAACCCCUACAUGUUUGAAGAGUUGCUAGAGCUGACCGCUGCUGAUUUAAUUGCGAAAGGAAAUUCACAUAUUUCUUCUGACCGGGAUGCUGCCACCAAGCUUCUGGAUACAGUCUUCCAAGUACGAUUGGGCAGAGGAUUUUAUGGGGAAUGCCUGGGAGUUAGAGCCGAUGGCAACUCUAAGUUGAGUGAACUGCUUGGCAAGGAACUAAGUGUUAGAAGUGCUGCAGUUGGUCUGAGGCCGAUUGGAGCAGUUGUCUACAUGCACCGGAACAAUCUUAAGAUGUGCUUGAGGAGUACCGAUGCUUCUACGGAUACCUCUGAAGUUGCAAAGGCAUAUGGGGGUGGUGGUUCCCCAAGUUCCAGUUCCUUCAUGAUAAGGAUGGAUGAGUACAAUCAGUGGCUUUCAGCCAAUUCAUCAUAAUCGCUCGGUAAGAACUGAUGCCAUCACUGCAUUUUUACUAAAUUCUGGGUCCUGUUUUUGCACUUCAUGAGCAUGAACCAUUUUGCCAUUCACAGGCUGACUGAGUCUGAAUUUCUCUGACUGUGUGCCACUGUGAUUCUUGUCUUCCUUAUAAUCCAGAAUCCUCCCUCAGUCGAUUGGAGGACUCGGUCAUCCUCAAUUUCAGAACUUUUAGCCCUGCCUUGUUUAGGCCAGCUGGAAAGGGUCAGCCUUCAAAAAGAGAGCUCAACUUCAGUGUAUGAGGUGGGCACUAAUGGAACCAGAAUUGCUGUCGAGAGUUUGCUGGCAAAGGGAGGUCCUUCAAUGGAUCCCAGCACUCAAGUGGAGAAGAAAAUGGAUCCAAGGGAACCCUUUCAUUCCAACGGGAUAUGUUUCAACAUGUUGCACUACUGUUGUCCAAGACAUCAGUGGAUGCCACUUCCCCAUACUUCUGCAAAUAAGCACAAUGGCAUUCUUGAUCCAUAUUAGAUGAGCUACUGGCAGCUGGUGAUACUAUCAGGCUUUGUUUCUGUUUCCGAGUCAAUGGCGGUCCUGAGAAAGGGCCAUUCUGAGGCCAUCUUUAAUCAAUUGAAGUCUCAACUCAAGUAUGGGGAGGUUUGUCACCACAUAAUAGUGUCUAGUCGUUGACAUCGUUUUGUUUUGUUAGUCCUUUUGUAGUUGAAUUGAAUUGGGAUUAGAUACUUGAUUGAGACUAGGGAUUCGAAUUAGGGGGAAUAAGGUAUCUUGUGAAGGAAGGUAAAGGAAGGAAGGAGAAGAGGGUUCGGUAUAGUGGUGGUGUUGGAAAAAAAUCCAAAACUACCACUGUUUUAAAAAUAAUUACAAAAAUAUCACUCAUUCCCAAGAAUUAUAAAUCUACCAUUGUUUAUUAAAAACCGCUCCACUCAGGGGCGGUUAAAACAGAAUCUGCCCAUUCAGGCGGCGGUUUAUCAUAGAUACGCCUGGUCGACAAGCGGUUUGUCUAUUUUGGAAAAACGCUCUUCGAAGGAGUAGUUUUCAUGGCUGCCCUAGCACAAACCGCUUCCUCAGGGAGCGAUUAUGUGUCGCCAUGAUAAAACGCUCCACAGGGAAGUGGUUUACCAUGUUGACACAUAACCACCACCCCCCCCCCCCCCCCCAAGCGGUUUGUGCCUCGUCAUCCGAAAUGUCGGCAUGCAGGAGGCUGCAGGGGUGGGGGCUGCAUGGCAGACUAAAACCACCCCUCCUGCGGUUUGCAGUGUAAAAUGAAUAUCAUUUUCGAAAUUUAAGUAAAAUUAUUUUUGUACACAUACAUAUAAAAUCAAAUAUAUUAUUUUGUACUUCGUAUUGAUUGUUUUCAAUAAUUUAAAGCAAUACCAGUACACUCGUAAAACUCUUAUAAGAGGUAUACAUCUCAUUAGAAACAUAGUCUGUUUGACAGAAAAAGGGAGGAUCCGAGUAUCGCUUAGAACCCGAUUUUCCCAGGCCAUGGGAGGAUCAUGAAGAUCGCUUAAGACCCCAUUUCCUUAGACAUGCAUUUCUUUAUGAAGAGUCUAAAUAAGUGUUGUAUUGUAUUGAUUUAAAUUAUUGAAAAUAAUCAAUAUGAUUAACAAUUAAGUAAUUUAUUGUAC